UGUUAUGGAAGGGAGGCUGCAACUGUCAAACAAAAUCAAGGGAAUAAACUCUCAGGUUUCGGAAUCAGACUCAGGGAUGGAGUUCCAUUCAAACCCCUAACAAUAGAGCAGAUGGAACAAUGGCUUUCACCGCUAAUCUAGGCUUCCGGAGAAUAACAUUCACUGGUUUGUUCUGAGAGAAAGACGGGCUGUGCGUUUGCUGUCUCCCUGAAGCCACUGGCAGUGAAAGUGUCCUGGACAAUGUCUCUGGAUAUUAUACCCCUCCCACUGCCUCCUCGGCCUUUGCAUCAACCCAUCUGCAUUUUGGCCGGAAUCUCCUGAGGGAAAUGCAGGAAAGUACAAAUUUCCGGCUGUAUUCUUGGCGUAGUUUGUGCAUUUUCGAAAUCUGCCACUGUCCAAAGUUUGCGUCUUGGGUAGGAUUGCGAGACUCGACGGUUCAGGGGCUCUGCUUUGUAUGCAAUGCUGAAGAGAUUUCACUCCACCACCAGGGAAGGGGGGGGGGGGGGAAGGGGGUGGAUUUAAUUGUAUUUCCAAAUGCAGUCUGCAAAAGAAGUUAACUAACUAAGUGCGUGCAUGUAGUAACGGAUAGAUGGACGCUGUCUCGUCAUCGCUCGGCCUCUCGUCUCAAUCAAAACGUUUAAAAACUGUCCCCUUGCAAAGGAAGAUGGAAUGCAAAGGAUAGUAAAAAAAAACAGAGCCAAGGCAGCUGACCAUUGGGGAUGGAAAGUUUGUGGAUGGUCUGGCUGCUAUUUCUUUGUUUGAUCUGCUCUGCCGAAUCGUUCUGCCCUUCGCAAUGUGAGUGCCAGCUGCAGAAGCUGCUGUGCACGAACCGAGGUCUCCGCACGGUCCCGGAAACCCAGCACAAUGCUGCGGACGUCCUGACUUACAGCUUAGGGGGCAACUUUAUCGGCAACAUCUCUGACUCGGACUUCCCGCGGUUCACCGGGCUGCUCCGGCUGGACUUACAGUACAACAGGAUCGAGCACAUUCACCCCAAAACCUUCGAGAAACUUGCCCGGCUGGAGGAGCUGUACUUGGGCAAUAACAUCAUCUCGGCUAUCCCCGCCAGUGCUUUCCAUUAUCUCCGCAGCCUGAGGCUUUUAAACAUGAAUAAUAACAGUCUGAAGAAGCUGCAUCCUGCUAUCUUUUCACAUCUUCAUAAUUUAAUGAGGUUAAGACUUGACGGCAAUUCUCUGGAGGUUCUGCAAGAUGCAGUUUUCAAACAUCUGGGAAAGCUCCUUUACCUGCAGUUGGAGUCCAAUCAGAUCCACACCAUCAGUGCAAAUACUUUCAUAAACUUGAGGAAGUUGAUCUAUUUAAACCUAGCCAAGAACAACCAGACUUCCUUACACAGCAGGGCCCUGUUCGCCCACCUCAGGUCACUGACCACUUUAAUCCUGGCCGAGAAUAAGAUCCAAUAUAUCGGCAACCGAGUGUUCCAAAUGCAGCAGAAACUGGCCAGGCUCAGUCUCAGCCAGAACAAAAUCUUCCAGCUCGCCAGCAGAGCCUUCGAAGGCCUGAGCGGGUUAAAGGAGCUGCUCAUCAAUGGUAACCUACUGAGGGAAGUCCCAGACAAACUGCUGGACCCUUUGCAAAAGCUGGAAGAGUUGGAUCUCAGCCAGAACCAGAUCAGCAGCGUACACCCGCAGGCCUUUAAAGAGCUGGCGGCUCUGAAGGUGUUAAAACUGACCAGCAAUCGCCUGACAUACCUGCCCGGGGAUGUGUUUGUGUUUAGCAACUCCCUUUACAGCCUCGACCUGGGGGAUAAUAACUGGACGUGCAACUGCCACCUCAAAGGCCUGAAGCAGUGGAUGAGCUUGGUGCACGGCCAAGGAAGGUUGCUCACCAUCUUCGUUCAGUGCAAUGACCCCCCUGCGUUGAAUGGGAGGUACCUCGAUUACCUGACUGAUGCGGAGAUGCAGGCCGCGGGCAGAGCUGACCUGUGUCACUCUCAGAAGGCCCAGCCUUUGGCGAACCGUUCUCAAGGCGCUCCAGAUGGCAUCGUACUGUCUGCGGCGCACGUCGAUGUGCAGUCAGACCAGGAGCGUUUCCUGCAGCCAGGCAAAACACAGACUGAAAGCACCAUGCACCAACAAGAAAUUGUCAGCCGGCAGAAAGCACCUUCUUUGCCUACGAUGGUGCCCCACCUAUUGCCUAAAAGUAAGCACAUCCUUCUCCUGCCGAAACCAACCAAAACAGUUACAACCAGCCCGAGCCUGGGAAAUGUUGCAGAAGCUCCACAAUCCCAGACUGUGACACGGGAGACCUUAGAAGUCUUCACUCCUUACACUACAGUCCUGGUUUCAUCCAAGUCAGAGCGUUAUUAUUUGCUGAAAUCUAAGGACAAGUUAGUGCAGAAACCACUGAUAACAGAUCCAUGUGAGUUUAAUAAGCUCUACAUUACCAACCUAACAGUGGAUGGGGUUACCUCAUCCACCGCCACGAUCAGAUGGAAGGUAGCACAUCCCGGUUUCAGAAAUGCUAUACAUUUUCGGGUGCUCUUUGACAGGUUUGGCCAAUCAGUGACAUUUCAUCGCUUCAUCUAUGUCAAGGAUAGACUGGAAUGGGUCACUCUGAGAGAGCUGCAGGCAGACACUCCUUACAUUGUGUGCCUGGAAAGUGUCAUCUCUGACCACGUCUGCCAAGUGGCCUCCCGCGAUCACUGCCUGGGGGUCCUAACCUUGCCCCUGAAGAAAGGUGCCCUGGACGUGCAGCACUUUAUUUUGAUCUUGUCAGCUGCCAAUGCUUUCCUGGUAUUCCUAGGCCUCACAAUCUGGAUGUCCAGAGUGCUGAGGAAACUGCGAAGGAAGCGGGCCCCAGUCAACGUGAGGCGGAUGUACUCCACACGCCGCCCGCUGCGCUCCAUGGGCUCAGGGGUUUCAGCAGGCGACUGUGGAGGUUUCCAGUCUAACAGAUCGCGAUCAGUCAUGUAUCAACUGAAUGAGGCUGAUCUGAUGGAUUUCCAGUCAGAUCGGCUCAUGGACAUCAAUUUAAGGAGCGAAGACCUUGGACAACGGUAUGCUGAUUAAUGCUGGUAGUCACGUUUGCAUGUGGAUGUUAUAACAGAAAGGAAAUGAUCUAGUGCGCUGUUACUGGGUUAAUGUGAUUACUCUGAUUGACCAGGAGUUUCUUGUUGUGCCUUGUGUUUAUAGUCAAAUAGCAAUAAAGUAGCAUUUUGAUUUGAGAAAGUGUCAACAUUGAUAAAAUGCCGUUCAGAUACCCCAAAGCACUUCACAGCCAAUGAAAGAUAUCAGAGCCAAUUUAUGCACAAACACGGAAUAAGUAGCCAGAAUAUCGGUUUUAUUAUGAUUCUGAUUUUGGGACAAGUGUUGGCCAGGACACAGGAGAACUCCUUCUUCAUGGUGUCAUGAGAUCUUUUCCAUCCACGUAAGAGGGCAAACAUGGUCUCAGCUUAUGUUCUCAUCUGAGAAGUAACAUCUCAGACAAUAUAUGGAUCUCUCAUUGCUGCACUGAAGCAUCAGCCAAAGUGUAUAGGCCCAAGUCUCUGGAAUGGGCCUGAAAGACACGAACAUUCAUUAUCUGAGGAAAAAGUGCUGCCCCUAUCGAGUCUGACAUUUUUGGAGCAGUAUUACCACACUUCGAAUUGCUUUGUGUCAAAACUAGUACAUUAAACUAAAACUGUGUGCCUAACUCCUUUUUUAUUGCAUUUUGCCAAAGAUUACUUUUAUGAUGUACUGAACCUCACCAGUCCAGAAUACCUGAGGCCAAUCAGUUCUGGAUAUUGGAAUUUUCUGGAUUAUGGAAUGACAUGAGAAUGUCUCAAUACAAGUAUGUGAACCAGAACAAAACUCUAGAUAUAAAUAGUGGCUUGAAAAAUAAAACAUCAAUAACCAUUAAAUAAAAAGAUAAAAGUUAUUUUACUUAUCCAGAUAUUACACACAGUCCAUGCUUCCACUUCCACAAUAUGGUACUAAAUGAUGCAAUGACCUUGAGAGAAUAUUUUGGUCUGCUCAAGAAAUUUCCACACAACUGGUGAUUUAAAAUAAUAGAUUCUUGGAGUGGAGAGUAUACAAUGGAAUAUUAAUGGUACUUUAAAGCAACUUACAAAAAUUGACCAUUUUAGAGGAAUAUUUCUGCUGUGUACAAUAAAUGGUGGCCAUUUUUAUAAAGCAUAUUUUCACACUUUUUUUCAAGAUUGGCUAUAUACAAAGUAGUAAAAUAAUUUGAUGUUACAAAGUGCACCAUCUCUUCAAUGUUGAUCCAACUUCAAAACCUUACCUGAAAUGUUCCUGAAUAAUUUGGGCUUUUAUCCCAAGGAAAUUUAAUGUGCAUUAUGUCAACACAUAAAUUUGCAAUUCUGAUGUACUUUA